UGUCCCCUCCCGUUUGCCGGGGCAUUGGGGUUCCUGCAGCUGGCACCGGCACCCAGCCCUCUGCCCCGUCAGCGAGGUGUCCCCCAGGGAUGCCCCUGUAGCCUCAAACGGCUUUGCAGCCCCAGGGACACUCCUGUGUCCCCCGGUGCCCCCAAAGCUGCCCCUGUGUCCCACUAUAACCCUGUACCCCCAAGGAUGUCCCUGUGUUCCCAGGUGGUAAAAUCCCAUGUGAGCCCCCAUCUGCCCUUCCAAGGCCUGACCCCCAUCCGGGGUGACUUUCAGGAGGGCCCACAUCCCCUCCCUUCUCUGUGGGGCUGGGGGGCACAUCCCGGAGCCCCCCGAGCUGUCCUGAUGCUCACUCGCCCACGCCUCCGCCUGAGCCCGCCCCAGCUGCCCGCCGUGCCCGUGGCACCCCGCCCGAGGUGCCACCAUGCUGGUCAAGGAGUACCGCAUCUGCAUGCCGCUCACCACCGAGGAGUACCGCGUGGGGCAGCUCUACACCAUCAGCAAGCACAGCCACCAGGAGAGCGAGAAGGGCGAGGGCGUGGAGGUGGUGAAGAACGAGCCCCACGAGGACCCCGUGCACGGCCCCGGGCAGUUCACGGAGAAGCGAGUGCACCUCUCCAGCAAACUGCCAAGCUGGGCACGGGCAGUGACCCCCCGCAUCUUCUACAUCACCGAGAAGGCCUGGAACUACUACCCCUACACCAUCACAGAGUACACGUGCUCCUUCCUGCCCAAGUUCUCCAUCUACAUCGAGACCAAGUACGAGGACAACUGCGGGGACAGCGAGAACAUCUUCCACAGUGACAAAAUCCUUGGUGACCACGAGGUCUCUUUCCUGGACAUCGCCUUCGAUGAGAUCCCUGAGCGCUACUACCGCAGCCUGGAGGACCCCCGUUUCUUCAGCUCGGCCAAGACGGGCCGGGGGCCGCUGCGGGAGGGCUGGCGCCAGCACACCAAGCCCAUCAUGUGCUCCUACAAACUGGUGAGCGUCAAGUUCGAGGUGUGGGGGCUGCAGACGCGCGUGGAGCAGUUCGUGCACAAGGUGAUCCGGGACAUCCUGCUGAUCGGGCACCGGCAGGCUUUCGCCUGGGUGGACGAGUGGUGCGGGAUGACCAUGGAGGAGGUGCGGCGCUACGAGCAGGAGACGCAGGAGGCCACCAACGAGCUCAUCGGCCUGGUGGCACCGGCCAUCUCGGUCAGCGAGGUGGGGCAGCCCACGGCCACGCACUCGGCCCCUGCCAGCGCCCCCUCCACCCCUCUCAGCGACGAGGCCCCCGAGUUCCUGGCUCCCCCCAAGACUCGCCCGCGGAAGAAAUCGGCUCCGGAGACCCUGACACUGCCCGCGCUGCGGGGACGCGCUGGCGCCGAGUGACGCCGGCAGUGCCGCUCCGUGCCGGACUGUGCCAGCUCUGCCGCCCAGGUGCAGAGCCCAGGGAGGGACCCGGAGCCGCUGCCAGGGCGCUGGCAGCCCUGGGGUGUGCUGGCCUCCCUGAGCCACCGUGGGUGCCCACUCGGGUCAGUGCCAGCACUGCCACGCCAGACCCGCUGGCUGCACCAGGAGGGGACGCCAGGCCAAGCGCGGGUCCCCGGCAGCGUCGGGCGAUGCCGCGGGAGCUGCUUCCCUCGACUCCACCCGCCCCGGUGUCCCCAAGGGCCAUCGAGGCUGGCGAGCAGUGGGGAGGUGCCAGCUGGUGCCCAUUUGCCGUGGCCGGGCUGGUGGCCGGUGCCAGGCUGGAGCAGUGCCCUGCAGGGUAGGCACCAGCAUGGGGGCACAGUGAGGGUGACAGUGACAGCGACAGCCAAG